UCUCUCGCUCCUGAUGGAGGGCUGCAGGUUUCCUCCGUGAAGAAGCUGCCGGAUUAAACGGAGACGCCCAGGAGGAAGAUGACGGAUGGACGCCUGUGCCAGGUCCAGCUUCUGGACAACAGGAAACUGGAGCUGCUGGUUCAGCCGAAGCUGUUGUCCCGAGAACUUCUGGAUUUGGUUUCAUCUCAUUUUAACCUGAAGGAGAAGCAAUACUUCGGCUUCACCUACACCGACGAUACUGGUCAGUGCACGUGGUUGCAGAUGGACCGCAGAGUUCUGGAGCACGACUUUCCUAAAAAGACGGGACCCAUCGCUCUCAACUUCCUGGUUCGGUUUUACAUCGAGAACAUCUCAAUGCUGAAGGAGCACACCACGGUGGAACUGUUCUUCCUCAACGCUAAAACCGCCAUCUACAACGGUGAUAUCGAGCUGGACAGUGAAACGGUUUUCAAAUUAGCUGCUCACGCUCUGCAGGAAUCUAAAGGAGAUUAUACCAGUGACGAGACAACCAGAGAGGAUUUAAGGAAACUACCCACUCUGCCAACGAAGGUCCUGAAGGAGCACCCGUCUCUGGCAUACUGUGAGGAGAAAGUGAUCGAGCAGUAUAAACAGCGGAAGGGUUCGUCACGAGGACAAGCCAUCGUACAGUACUUAACACUGGUGGAGGCUCUGCCCACAUACGGAGUGCACUACUACAAAGUGAAGGAUAAACAGGGGAUGCCGUGGUGGCUCGGUAUCAGCUACAGAGGAAUCGGACAGUAUGACAUUCAGGAUAAAGUCAAACCCAGACGGCUGUUCCAGUGGAAGCAGUUGGAGAACCUGUACUUCAGAGAGAAGAAGUUUGCGGUGGAGGUGAACGAUCCUCACAGGAGGGCAGUAACUAAGCGGACGUUCGGACAGACGGGGUUGGUGAUCUAUACGUGGUACGCGAGUCCCUCCCUGAUCAAAACCAUCUGGGUGAUGGCCAUCAGUCAACAUCAGUUCUACCUCAAACGCAAACAGAGCAAGGCUAAGAUGACGGCGGCGAGGAGUUUAGGCGACAUCGCGGCGGAUCUCACGGAGAACGGUGCUGGAAAAAUGACCAAACUCAACCUGGUGACCAAGAACCAGUUCAUCACUGCCAGUAACGGCAGCCUCGUCUCUACUGGUUCAGCAGAUUCUGAACUGAAUGAUGAUCAGAAGAAAGAAAAACUGGCUGAAUUGCGGCAGAAGGAGAAAGAAAUCCAGGACGUCCUGAAGCAGAAGAUGUCGGAGCUGAAGGAGAUCUGUCUGAGAGAAGCUGAGAUCACAGGUAAACUUCCUAAAGAAUAUCCCAUGAGCGCUGGUGAGAAACCACCCGGCAUCAGGAGGAGAAUCGGGACGUCUUUCAAACUGGACGAGCUUUUCCCCUAUAAUGAGGACCCGUACCUGAGGAACCUGGAGAGUCGCUUUGCCCUGCAGCAGAAGAUCGUGGAAGCGGCCAAAAAGCUGGCGUCCGAACACGACAUCGGUAAAACGGUGAAGAAGAAGAGGAGGAGGAACUGUCUGGACGCCAUGCAGAGGCUGCAGGAGAUCGAGGACGAGAUGAACCGCUACCGCGUCAAGAAGGGAAAGAAGCCCACGCAGAGAGCGUCGCGGAUCAUCGCCGAGGAACUGGCUCAGUCAGACCCGCUGUCGGACGCUCUGCCUCCACCGGACCACAACGAGAUGAAACAGAGGAGGCGCUCUCGCUCCCUGCAGAGCUCUCCGUUACUCAGCGUCGCGUCUCCCGCUAACCUGGACUACGAUCCGGAGAGACGGCUGUCCGAGAGCGACACCCACCAACCCACAGCGAAGUGCAGGUUGGAGGGCGCGGUGCAGUCGGGUUAUCAUCAGCCUCCGUACCAGGUUUCCUCGGCCAGCAGCAGCCCUUAUAAAACCGUACCGAGGAGGCAGGCGGAGCUGCAGAACCUCACGCAGAACCUCGCCAUGACGCGCAACGCCUACAGCAGCGGCCAGAUCGGCUCUGACGGCUCCGUUCACAGUUUCCGGCUCCGCAGUGGCAGUUUGGAAUCUCAGCCUCCGUUCCUCUCUUACGGUUCGGAUCGAUCGCUGUUCCCGGGUCGCCGUAGCAACAGCAGCGAGGUCCUGGACGACUGUCUGAGCGUCUCCAGCGCCGAAUUCUGCCCGCCGUGUCCCUCCACCCCUACGUACCUCGUUCCUUCACCCCUGCACCACCAACACAGCACGGGCAGCAUGCCCAACCUGGUACCCCACACCACCCCCGGCCACGCCCACACCCGGGCGCAGUACGGCACGUCACCUUACUACGUCCCGGGCUAUCCCGGCGCCGACUACGAACCUUACGCUAGUCCUAACGCUAACGGCGCUUACGUGUAUGAGAGCGAACACGAAGGGCACUACAACGUCAACCCGUCGUACCAGGUGCACGGGCGCGGCAGGAAUUACGGGAUGGCGCAGAACCCCUACGCCACGCUGCGGCCCCCGCGGAGCAAGAACGAGCGCCUGGCUAAGAGCGUCCAGAAAGCGCUGGUGGUGGAGCACCUGAGAGGCUGGUACAACCGUAACGCCGCCGGACGCAGAGCCAUGUGUGGAUACGAGCACGACCGAGGCUUCCAGCACCAACAUCACCUCGGGUACCAAACCUUACCCGCUCCCUUCAGCAGGUGCAGCAGGACCAGCUCAUACUCCUCAGUUUCCUCUACGGCCAGCGGAGGGACGAACUGGCUGACCGGUACAGAUCUGGUGAGGAGCGAGAGCGAAGUGGACGGAGACACGACCCCGACGUCCCAAAAAUCCUUCAGCGGAGCGUACAGUCCCACCCACACCCGGUUUCCGGCCGAGUGCAGCCCCACCCGCCGCUCCGAUUCCCUUCCUCACACUUCGGAAUGUUCCGACGUAUUCACCAACGAUACAGAGAACUGAACACGGCCCCACAGCCCCGGAGGACCAAGAAUCUAAACGAUGGCACAAACCUGAGGUGAACCAUGAUGAGCUGCUUCCGGAACAUGCAGCAGGAACUUCUUACCGUCUCAUCGUGCCUUGGAUUAAAGAGAAGCGCUCGGUCUGGGAGGUCUGAUCAGAGCUGGGUGAUGAACGUUCUCGUAUCGUUAACUCCGACGGUGCGAGUGAAAGUAUUUAUAAUUAUU